UCCCUUCCUCCCCCCUCCCUCCUCUUCCUCCUCCGUUGCUGCUGCAGAGGCUCGCGCCGCUCGGUCCGGUUGUCGUCAUGGGAACGGUGCUGUCUCUGUCUCCGGGCUCGCGGAAAGCCGCGGCUCGUGGACCGGAGAAGCUCUCGGUGCAGGAGCCGCCGGAGGAGGAAGAGGAGGAUGCUGAGGAUGAAGAGGAGGAGAAGAAGAAGAAGAAGAAGAAGCGGCACGCGCUGCUGCUGCACGCGCUCACCUGGAAGAAGCGCCUCGUGGCCGCGCGAGCCAAGAGGAAGGGCGGCAAGAAGGUGAAGCCGGUGACCGAGCAGCAGCGGCGGGAGCAGCCCGACGCCGACGCCCGGCACAGAGCGCCCAAGGCCGGACUCAGGCACGGACCCAUCCCGGUGCCCGUCCCCACCGUCCCGGAGCGAGGACACCGGCAGAGGCAGGGCCGGCCGGAGCUCCCCGUGUCCCCGCGGAGGGUGGUGGUCCAGGCGUCCACAGGUGAGCUCCUCCGAUGUCUCUCAGAUUUCCUGGUUCGUCGUUGUGUCAAGCUGAAGGAGUUUUCGUCCAAUCAGAUUGUGGUUUGGUUCCGGACCGUGGACCGGGCGCUGCUGGUUCAGGGCUGGCAGGAUCAGUGCUUCAUCAGUCCUGCCAGUCUGGUCUUCGUGUACCUGCUGUGCAGGGACGUGGUGGACGAGGACACGUCUUCAGAGCAGGAGCUCCAUGCCACCUUCCUGACAUGUCUCUACCUUUCCUACUCGUACCUGGGCAACGAGAUCUCGUACCCUCUGAAGCCCUUCCUGGUGGAGUCGAGUCGUGAUGCAUUCUGGGACCGAGCGUUGGAGACGAUCGAGCGUCUGAGUGGCGACAUGCUGCGCCUCAACGCCGACCCGCACUUCUUCACGGAGGUGUUCCAGGACCUGAAGAGACAGGGGACGAGGGAGGAGGACGAGGACAAAGACGCCCAGGAGGGAGGAGGCCGAGACGACCUGGACCGCUGAGAGAGAGAGAGGAGACGCCAGUGUUCGUCAGUGAGACUCGCCCGGCGGCAAUGCUGAAUGUAAACCGGUGGCUGGUCGCUGCCGUUACCAUGGCAACCGACGAGCGGCAAACCCCGAGACGUGGACGCCCACUCGCCCUAACUGCAUGCUGUCAAUCAAAGCUAACACACCAUUGUGGAAGUGUUACCAUGGCAACCGCACACGCGACCAACCGCCAGCCUUAUUUUUAGUUGACUUCGUUCCUGAACUUUAAUUCACAUGACAUGUUGGAUUUCCUGCCUGAAUGUAAAUGGUUCCUUUCAGAAUAAAAGUCUGAACAGUUGGUCAUGAUGUAUAGUCAGUCAGAAUGAGAGUCUGUCCUCUAUUUCCUGUUCUGUUGUCCUCGGAGACGCAUUACGACUGUAGUUCUGACUGUAGUUCUGUAUGUUAUGAAUUAAUAAAUGUCAUAUUCAUGAUUGAA